AUGGCCUCUUGCACUCUGUUUAAAAAAGUGCUACUGCUAUUGCUGUCCUUCUCGGUGAUCUCCUGGAUCAUUCUGAUAACUACCCAGAACUCGACUAAGCUUUGGCCUACUAUAACCUUCUGUGACUCGAACACUUUCAAAAACUCCUCAGACCCUGCUCCACCAGUCACGAGGAUGUCACCAACAGAAUCAGAAUCUGACCUUAGAAUCAGGAGGAUCGUGGAGGAGUUCAGCCAGCUCAUCCCAGCCCGGCCCUUCACCCAUGUGAACUCCACCACCAGUGCCACACACAGCACAGCCACCAUCCUCCAUCCCCGAGACACGUACUGCAAGGGGGACCAGCUGGACGUCCUGCUCCAGGCCAGGGACCAUUUGGGGCACAGGAAGGAAUAUGGCGGGGAUUUCCUGAGGGCCCGGAUAUCCUCCCCAGCCCUGAAGGCCGGUGCCUCAGGGAAUGUGACCGAUUUCCACAAUGGUACCUACCUGAUCAGCUUCACUCUGUUCUGGGAGGGCCUGGCCUCCCUGUCUGUCCUGCUCAUCCACCCCAGCGAAGGUGUGUCGGCUCUCUGGAGGGCCAGGAACCAAGGCUGUGAAAAAAUUAUUUUCACGGGCAAAUUUGCUAAUGGCACCUCCCAUGUCUUGGCUGAAUGUGGCCUGACCCUCAACUCAAGUGCUGAGCUGUGUCAGUACCUGGACACUCGUGAACGUGAAACUUUCUACUGUGUGAAGCCACCGCAUGUUCCCUGUGAGGCCCUGACCCACAUGACCACGAGGAAUCGUGCCAUUUCUUACCUGACUGCUGAGGAACAAAGUCUCUUCAUCAGGUCCAAAGUGGGAGUGGAAAUGCUGAAACAACUUAAACCCAUUAAGGUCUCCAGAUGUGAUGAGAGCCAGAGAAAGAAAGAGAAAUGCCACAUUGGCAUAGAGGUACCCUUCCCCGGCGGCUACACUUUGAGCGGAAAGUGGGUGACGACAUUCUGUGACCAGAUUCAGUUUGAUGCUGCUAAAGCAACUGACUGUUUGAAAGGAAAACUCGUUUAUCUCCUUGGAGACUCCACACUGCGCCAGUGGAUCUACUACUUACCCAACGUUGUAAAAACACUAAAAUAUUUUGAUCUUCAUGGAACUGGAAAGUUUAAGAAACAUCAGCUUCUGGAUGCAGACAGACAGACUCAGAUUUGGUGGAUAAAGCACAGUUACCCUUUCGUCACCCAGGAGCUCUACUCUGUGAGGGAUGAAGUGCAUAUUGGUCAGGAAAUUGACCGCAUUCCCGGUGAUAAGAACACAGCGAUCGUCAUCACCAUUGGCCAGCACUUCCGACCCUUUCCCAUUGACAUUUUCAUUCGCAGGACCAUCAGCAUUCGAAAUGCUAUUGAGCGGCUAUUCAUUAGAAGUCCAGCCACUAAGGUGAUUGUGAAGACAGAAAAUAUCCGAGAGAUGCACAUCAACACAGAGUGGUUUGGAGACUUCCAUGGCUACAUUCAAUAUCUCAUCAUGAAAGACAUUUUCAAAGACCUCAAUGUGGGUACCAUUGAUGUCUGGGACAUGACCAUUGCCUACAAUUCCAACAAUGUUCACCCACCUGACCAAGUACUUGGGUAUCAGAUUAACAUGUUCCUGAACUACAUUUGCUAA